AUGAAAAGCAAGGUCACCCCAAGGUCAAAAACCAGGAAAAACAAGGUCAAAGACCAGGAAAAACAAGGUCACCCCAAGGUCAAAGACCAGGAAAAACAAGGUCACCCCAAGGUCAAAGACCAGGAAAAACAAGGUCACCCCAAGGUCAAAGACCAGGAAAAACAAGGUCACCCCAAGGUCAAAGACCAGGAAAAACAAGGUCACCCCAAGGUCAAAGACCAGGAAAAACAAGACGAUGGCGUCCCGCUGCUUCGCCGCCAGCGGUUCCUGUUCAACGUGAGCGCGCUGGAGCCCGCCGGGCUGCUGGGGGCGGAGCUACGCCGGGCCCUGGACCUGCGGGCGCUGGGCUUCUCCCGGGCCGGGCGGGCCAAUAAGGAGAAGGCGUUCCUGCUGGCGUUCGGUCGCAGCGGGGGGCGGAGCCUGUUCUACAACGAGCUCCGGGCCCGGUCCGGCCACGGGAACCAGACCGUGUACGAGUACCUGUUCACGCAGCGCCGCACGCGCCGGGCGCCCCCGGCAACCGGGCGCCGGGCGCCACCAUCAUCACCAUCAUCACCGGCCCAGACCCCCGGCGCCGCCAGGCCCCGCCCCCGUUGCCACCGGCGACGGCUCCACGUGAAUUUCAAGGAGAUGGGCUGGGACGACUGGAUCAUCGCGCCGCUGGAGUACGACGCCUUCCACUGCGACGGCGCCUGCGACUUCCCCAUCCGCUCCCACCUGGAGCCCACCAACCACGCCAUCAUCCAGACCCUCAUCAACUCCAUGGACCCCGCGCUGACCCCGCCCACCUGCUGCGUGCCCACCCGCCUCAGCCCCAUCAGCAUCCUCUACAUCGACGCCGCCAACAACGUGGUCUACAAGCAGUACGAGGACAUGGUGCGGGCCCUGGACCUGCGGGCGCUGGGCUUCUCCCGGGCCGGGCGGGCCAAUAAGGAGAAGGCGUUCCUGCUGGCGUUCGGCCGCAGCGGGGGGCGGAGCCUGUUCUACAACGAGCUCCGGGCCCGGUCCGGCCACGGGAACCAGACCGUGUACGAGUACCUGUUCACGCAGCGCCGCACGCGCCGGGCGCCCCCGGCAACCGGGCGCCGGGCGCCACCAUCAUCGCCACCGUCAUCACCGGCCCAGACCCCCGGCGCCGCCAGGCCCCGCCCCCGUUGCCACCGGCGACGGCUCCACGUGAAUUUCAAGGAGAUGGGCUGGGACGACUGGAUCAUCGCGCCGCUGGAGGGGCGGAGCCAAACGGGCCGGGCGCACCUGUUGGCUCGUUUCCAUGGAGACGCAGUGAUGUAA